GUUUGUUUGAAAACCAAAACAAAACACAAUUAAUUCAGCCCCGAUCGGGACUUUCUUCUUCUUCACUAUCUCGCUUCCUUCGUUUUCCGCCACUUGUAGCGAGAAGAUUUUGUGCGUCGUCAUGAGGGCACAUAAGAGGCCGAUCCACGCUGUGUCGACAUGGGUCCGACGGCAGCCGCCGAAGGUGAAGGCGUUUUUGGCCGUGGUUUCUGGGAUGGCGGCGCUGGUCUUGCUGCGAUUUAUCGUGCACGAUCACGAUAAUCUCUUCGUAGCUGCCGAGGCCGUACACUCCAUUGGAAUUUCCGUGUUGAUAUACAAACUCAUGAAAGAGAAAACUUGUGCUGGACUGUCACUCAAAUCCCAGGAAUUAACAGCAAUCUUUUUAGCUGUUAGGCUGUACUGUAGCUUCGUUAUGGAGUAUGAUAUACACACCAUCCUUGAUUUAUCUACCUUGGCAACAACCGUGUGGGUCAUCUAUAUGAUCCGUUUCAAAUUAAGAUCUAGUUACAUGGAUGAUAAGGACAAUUUUGCAAUAUAUUAUGUGCUGGUACCUUGUGCAGUGUUGGCUCUGCUUAUACAUCCAUCGACUUCACAUAAUUUUGUCAACAGAAUUUUUUGGGCUUUCUGUGUAUAUCUUGAAGCUGUUUCAGUACUACCCCAGUUGCGAGUUAUGCAGAACACAAAGAUUGUUGAACCAUUCACUGCCCAUUAUGUAUUUGCACUGGGUGUUGCAAGGUUUUUGAGCUGUGCCCACUGGGUUCUCCAGGUUCUGGAUAGUCGCGGACACUUGCUUGUAGCCCUGGGCUAUGGGUUAUGGCCUUCAAUGGUUCUUAUCUCCGAGAUUGUUCAAACUUUCAUUCUGGCUGAUUUCUGUUACUACUAUGUCAAAAGUGUCUUUGGAGGACAGCUUGUGCUUCGACUUCCUUCAGGAGUAGUGUAACUGAAAAUUACAGAGUUAACUUAAAUCGGAGAAUGUGGCUGGUGGCUUUCCUACAAGUUCCCCUUUUGUUCUCCACGGGUUUUGAUUCUCUUUCAAACAUGUCUGGAAAUUCGGAAGACAAGUGGAGUUUGUAAAGAUGGGGAUACUUAAAAUUUGAGUGGAUAUUUAUAUUUUAAACAUGAUUGUUAUAGCCAGAUUAGCUUUGUGCAACACUAAUAUUUUGCUUAUAUCAAAUGUCAAGUUUAUUAUUUGACUC